AUGGAUUUCACGCUUCGCUGCAACUCUCUUAAAUGCCGUACGCAGCUCCCUGAUAGAGCAGUCGUCACCACCUGCAGCCAUGUCUUUUGCGUCACCUGCUCAAGCGAGCUUGGCCUUUCCAGAGCGGAUAGCGCCGUCCGCGCAUGCCCUGCCUGCGAUACUCCCUUGACGAAUCCAGACGACGCUGUUGAGACCCGCCUGGAUCCUACCGAGGACUACAAGACUAGCGUUCUCAGUGGCUUAAGUCCGACCAUCAUCAUGGAGUGUGCUGGAAGGGCUCUGGCGUUUUACAGCUACCAGACCUCUCAGGAAAUAAUGUAUCAAGAAUACCUCGCAAAGAGCCUGACUGAGAAGUAUACCAUUCUGAACGCGCAGAUGGAUAAGGUGGUCCACGAUGCCAAUGCCGAGAUCGCCGGUCUACGAGACAAGCUCCACGUGGCGCAGCAAGAGCAACGGCGGCUUGAUGACGAAAUGCACAAGAUGGCAGACGCAUAUCGAGAGAAGGCAAAGACUCAGGCGCACCUCCACAAGGUCUAUACACAACUCAAGGCACAGGUUCUCGCCGGUCAGGUUGCUUCUGCCGCAUCCGACGAUGCUGAAGCAACCUUGCAGUCAGCUACCGGGGACCAAUUCACUGGCUCGGGAGGAGGGCAUCCAAAGCUACCACAUGAUCGGAAUGCUGUGCGGUUCGGCAGCCGAAACCGGAGCAAUGACACCAUGAUCGGUGGCCAAGGACCCAGUGGCCGUCUAUUUAGUCAUCUCCAAUCAAUGGCAUACCCCAGCAUCGCACUCGUCUUGGAGAGGCGAAUGGUCAGGUCUACCAUCCAGUGGGCCACGGAAGCGUACAUGGCACACCGAUGA